AUGGAUUCAAAUUGGACAUUUCCCGUUACCAGUCCUCAUUUCUUAACAAAAACAUGGAAUGCAUAUAAUGGAUCCAUACCAUUUAUUAUCUCCGAUUUAGUAAAAGCUAUCAUUGAAAAAGGCGGAAUGGAUACUGAAGGUAUUUUUAGAGUUAAAGAUGAAAAUAAAAAAAUAGACGAAAGAUAUCUCUCUUUAGAUGAUGGAAAAUUCAGAGUUUUCCCUGAAGAAGAUUCUCCUGUUCUGUUAUCCUGUGUUUUGAAAAAAGUAUUGCAAACAAUGUCAACAAUUGAUCCUCUUUUUUCCCUUGAAAAGGUUAACGAAGUUUUAAAACUUACCGAUGAUAAAAGCCUCCCACAGGAAAAAUUAAUUGAAUCAAUCAAAGAAAUUGCGAAAGGAUUAGCUCCACCACAGAGAAAUACAGCCGCAUACCUCAUGGACUUCCUUCACCAAAUUACGCUGCAUCCACAAGCAAAAAUGGAUGCAGAAAACAUGGCAAUUUGUUUGGGUGUUUGUUUAGUUACAAAAUGCCCACCUGAUAUGAUAAGACGUCUCAGCCAGUUCCUACAUCCUUUCAUCGAAUACUCAGAUCAGAUAUGGGAAAAAGAAUGGUUUUCAGAAGAUAAAAUUUUAACAGAUCAGCAAGUGCAAGUCUAUUUCCGCCCUAUUGUUGAACAAUAUGACAUCCAAAUUGAAGCCGAACGUCGAUCCUAUAGGGUUAGAUCUAAGAUUCCAGUUGAUCACGAAUACAACGACAAAAUUUUGGGAAUCCAAUUUCCGAGAUAA